UUAUUUAGAUGCAAAGAUUUAGAAUAUGAAGUUACACCAAUUCUAUAUAGUGUAUAUUUCGAUGAUAAUUUUUAUAUAAUAAUAAUAAUAAUAAUAAUAAUAAUAAUAAUAAUAUAUUAAAAAAUUAAAAAAUAAGUAAUUUUGAAGGAAUAUUUUUUGAAUAAUUACUUAAGAUGAAGACUGAAAAUAAUAAUUCGAAUCAAGUAAAUUCUGGAAUCGAGCAACGUUUAAGAAGUCCAAAGUGUGCUAGGUGCAGGAAUCACGGAGUGAUUUCCGGUUUAAAGGGUCACAAAAAAUCGUGUGCAUGGAAGGAUUGCCGUUGUCCUUGCUGUUUGCUGGUGGUCGAAAGGCAACGAGUGAUGGCCGCUCAAGUUGCGCUCAGAAGACAACAGCAGGCUCAAGGAAAUUUCUUCAGUGAAAAUGUUUCAACAGUCUGUCAUGCGCCGAUUAAUACAGCCGGUUCUUCAUAUUUUAAAACCGAUCAAACACCAAUCUGUCGAAGAGGAAAGAAUAUUCAACGACAUCAAUUGCAUUUUACGCAAACUAGCAUUAGUGUGACUCAAGGAUUCUAUGGAUUGAAGACGAUCCAUGAUUUACCUUCAGCAUUCACCGCUGAUGCUCCAUUGUUGAAUGGUAUAUCACAAAAUCAAGAAUAUAAACAAGAAUCUGAAGAUUCGAAAAAAAUACAGUCUUUUCCAAGUAUGUAUUCUACGAUUCCAUGGUUUGAACAAGUCACGGAACCUCGUAAAAUGAAAAAAAGUUUUAAUAACUUCACUUCCGCUGUAAAUGAUCACAACGAUAUUUCUGUGGCUAAGAAUGGAUCUUGCUUAGAAAAGAAAUCAACAAUUUCUUUUAGUGUAGAAUCUAUCAUUGGAACAAAGUGAUACGUAAUGAAUAUAUUAUCUUAUACGAAAUUGCAUUUCAUCAUUGUAAGUAAGUAUUAUUUUUAUGCGUUAGUAAAUUCAUACGUAUAUAUAUGAAAAAUUUUAAAAAAUUUAAAUUAUUUUCUUGAGAAAUGCAAUCUAUAUAUUCUCAAAUUUUUUUUCCCAAAAGUAUAAUAAUUAUACAUAUCUUUUUAAAUAGCUUUCUAAUUUGUUACAUAUAUUUGAUACAUAUAUUAGUGUAUAUUAACAUUAUAAUAAAUAUAUAUAUAUAUAUAUGUAUAUAUAUAUAUAUUAUUUUAUUUUUAUUUAUUAAUAUAGAUAUUUUAAAUUUAUUAAAAAAUUUCUAAAAACGAAUAAAUAAAUACAAAAAGUAACUUCUAAAAUUAUUAUAUUAAUAAUUAUAUUAUUAAAUUAAUAAAAUUUAUGUGAAUACAUAAAUUUUACUAAUAUAUAUUUUAUAAAUUUAUAAAUACGUAAAUUUUUUAAACUUAUUUAACUUAUUUAACAAUUAAAUAAUUUUAUAGAGAACAUUUAAGUUAAUUUUAUCAAUCUUCUUUCUUGUAUUAUGUAUAUUAUGCAAUAAUAUAUGUCUAUAAUUAUAUAUAAAUAUUUGUUAUUUAUCAUAUUGAAGUGUUUUGCUACAACGUUUCAUGUAUGCAUCCAUUUCAGAAAAAUCAAAUAGAGUAGUAUGAAUUAUUUCAUAUAAAAUACUUGGCCAUUUAUUUUCAAGUAAUUGUAACUUUUGUAUUGCAUCUACAGUAAGAUUUAUUAAAUUUAAUAAAUGUUUUUUUCCCUUAUGUCUCCAAAUAAGAUCUUCCUGUAUUUGGAAAAAAAUAAUAAUUAAAAAAUUCAAAUUCGAUUAAAUUAAAUAUUUAUUAA